GCCCUCUGGAGCUGCUGCAGCGGGGCCAUGGCCCUCAGCUCUCCGUGCAGGAGCAAAGCCCCAGGGCAGGGCAGUUCCAGCAGCCAGCCCGGGAGCUCCAGGGCCACCGGCCAGGGAGGGGCUGCGCGGUGGGUUUGUCCCAGCCCCGGUGCUCGGCACGGAGGGGCUCCGGAUAACCCAAAGUUCCAUCCGGUGCUGCAGGCCGGAGAGAGGGAAUGGAACACUGCAUUAUGACGUAACAAUGACAGGUCCACGUAUGUCACAAACGGGCCCUGCAGGAGGGGUCAGCUCACACGGGCACAGUGGGCCUCAUUCCUCCUGAGGAAGCGACGGAGCAUCACCGGAGCACCAGUGGAGGAGCAUCGCUGUGGUCAUGGAGAGCCCCAGCUACACAGGACCACUUGGGAUGGUCAUGCAGAUGAUGCUGCUGCUGCAGCACAGCCUGUUUUCAGUCGUGCUGCGGUUCCGGCGGCUGCGGAAGAUCUGCCGGAGGUUGGGGAAGAAGAGGAGAGCGCCGAGCGCCAGGAGGAAGAAGGGGAGAGAUGCUUGCGGGAAGGACGGAGCAGCAGGGAUGCCGUCGCCGACCUGGGAGUUGCGGACGAGCCCACGGGAAAGGAGCAGGAAGCCACCCCGGGCCCCGCUGGCAUCCAUGCUGUCCCUGGGCUCCCUCGAUGAAUCUUCUUCCUCCUCCGGUUCCUCCCUCUACUCCUUCCCAGAGCCCUGGCCCGGUGCACUGUCAGAGUUGGCUGCCCGUGCCCCUCGGGCCGCCCCAGAGCCACGAGAGCCACAACCAGGGCCAGAGCCACAGCAAGAACCAGAGCCAGAGCCAGAGGCAGAGCUGGAGCCCCAACCAGAGUCAGAGCCAGAGUCAGAGGCAGAGUCAGAGGCAGAGGAAGAGCCUGAGGAAGAGCUGGAGCCACAACCAGAGUCAGAGGCAGCGUCAGAGGAAGAGCCAGAGGAAGAGCCUGAGGCUGAGCCGUCCCUGUGCCCCAGCUCGGAGUCCCCGGCUCUGCUGAGAGCAGCCCCCAGCACCCCCUAUUCCCUGCGGAUGACUGAGCAGAGCGAUGGAGCGCAGAGCCCCAUGGAGCCCUCCCCGCCCCACUGCUCCCACACGGAGCUCAUCCAGGAGCUGAUCUGUGCCAUCCGUGAGAACCACGCAGCCGUUGAGCGCCGCUGCCAACUGCUGCGGGCAGUGCUGGAGCGGCAGAGGGCAGCCGGGACGCCCAGAGAGCCCCUUCACGACCCCCCCGGCCCAGGAGCCCCCCGCCCAGGAGCCCCCGGCCCAGGAGCCCCCCAGUCUCCAUCUGCUUGUUCAGAUGAAUGUCCUUACUACGGGGAUGUGGCCGCUACUGAAGAGGGCCACCGACAUGGAUAUGAACAAUCAUAAGGACAUGGACACGGAUGCGGACAUGAACCUGGACACAGAUGAGCACCCAGAAGUGGGAGCAGACGGGAGCGCCCCAAAGGAUGUGGACCAGAGCGUGCUGAUGGACCCAGGCAGGAUCAGACCGAUGGAUCCACGCAGAAACAUCCCCAUGGAUCCAGACAGGGCCAUCCCAGCAGAUGCAGGCAGGACUAACCCAACGGGGUGCCUCUGGGGUCCCAAGGGCACGGCCCAUCUGCGGGUGACCCCGGGGCUGUGCCGGGCCAGGCAGCGCCUGCAGCACAGCUUCUCCAGGCUGUGGCGGUGGGUGCAGGAGCGCUGGAGACACUGCCGUGCACAGCCCUUUUGGCAGCGCUGGUCCUCCGUGGGGAGGAAGACUCCCUGAGCCCGAGUGUGGGGCCCGGCACUGCCACAGCCCCACCGCGCUCCCUCCGGCUCAGACCACUGACGAGUUUCCCUUCCCGGCUGCUGCUGAUCCCUUCCCAUCCCAGAGUCACACAGCCCAGCAGUGCCCCCGAGCAGCGAUGGGUCCCAAGGACCACUUGGGAUGGUCAUGCAGAUGCUGCUGCUGCUGCAGCACAGCCUGUUUGCAGUCGUGCUGCGGUCCCGGCGGCUGCGGAAGAUCUGCCGGAGGUUGGGGAAGAAGAGGAGAGCGCCGAGCGCCAGGAGGAAGAAGGGAGAGAUGCUUGCGGGAAGGACAGAGCAGCGGGGAUGCCGUCGCCGACGUGGGAAUUGCGGACGAGCCCACGGGAAAGGAGCAGGAAGCCACCCCGGGCCCCGCUGGCAUCCAUGCUGUCCCUGGGCUCCCUCGAUGAAUCUUCUUCCUCCUCCUGUUCCUCCCUCUACUCCUUCCCAGAGCCCUGGCCCGGUGCACUGGCAGAGUUGGCUGCCCUUGCCCCUGGGGCCGCCUCAGAGCCACGAGAGCCACAACCAGAGCCAGAGCCACAGCAAGAACCAGCAGCAGAGUCAGAGGCAGAGGAAGAGCCUGAGGAAGAGCCUGAGGAAUAGCUGGAGCCCGAACCAGAGUCAGAGGCAGAGUCAGAGGAAGAGGCAGAGGAAGAGCCUGAGGCAGAGCCAUCCCUGUGCCCCAGCUCGGAGUCCCCGGCUCUGCUGCCAGCAGCCUCCAGCACCCCCCACUCCCUGGGGCUGAGUGAGCAGAGCGAUGGAGCGCAGAGCCCCAUGGAGCCCUCCCCACCCCACUGCUCCCACACGAAGCUCAUCCAGGAGCUGCUCUGUGCCAUCCGUGAGAACCACGCAGCCGUUGAGCACCGCUGCCAACUGCUGCGGGCAGUGCUGGAGCGGCAGAGGGCAGCCGGGACGCCCAGAGAGCCCCUUCAGGACCCCCCCGGCCCAGGAGCCCCCCACCCAGGAGGCCCCCGCCCAGGAGCCCCCCACCCAGGAGCCCCUGGCCCAGCAGCCCCCCAGUCUCCAUCUGCUUGUAGAGAUGAAUGUGCUUACUACGGGGAUGUGGCCGCUACUGAAGAGGGCCACCGACAUGAAUAUGAACAAUCACAAGGACAUGGACAUGGGCAUGGAUGCAGACAUGAACCUGGACACAGAUGAGCACCCAGAAGUGGGAGCAGACGGGAGCGCCCCACAGGAUCUGGACCAGAGCGUGCUGAUGGACCCAGGCAGGAUCAGCCCGAUGGAUCCACGCAGAAACAUCCCCAUGGAUCCAGACAGGGCCAUCCCAGCAGAUGCAGGCAGGACUAACCCAACGGGGUGCCUCUGGGGUCCCAAGGGCACGGCCCAUCUGUGGGUGACCCCGGGGCUGUGCCGGGCCAGGCAGCGCCUGCAGCACAGCUUCUCCAGGCUGUGGCGGUGGGUGCAGGAGCGCUGGAGGCACUGCCGUGCACAGCCCUUUUGGCAGCGCUGGUCCUCCGUGGGGAGGAAGACUCCCUGAGCCCGAGUGUGGGGCCCGGCAAUGCCACAGCCCCACCGCGCUCCCUCCGGCUCAGACCACUGAAGGGUUUCCCUUCCCGGCUGCUGCUGAUCCCUUCCCAUCCCGGAGUCACACAGCCCAGCAGUGCCCCCGAGCAGCAAUGGGGCUGCACCCAUCCUGGGGCUGUAGCACAGAACUGCAGAACCUUAGCCCGGUUUGGGUGGGAAUGGCCCUCAAAGCCCGCCCCGUGCCAACCCCAUGGGCAGGGGCUGCUCCCGUGGGCCGGAUGGCAAAGUCCCCUCUGCGGGAAUGGAAUGCUUUUCUGUGUAACAGCAAGGUAAGAAUUUUAUGUCAUGGCCAUCGUGCAUCACCGAUUGGGUACGUGGAGUAAUGUAUAGGAAGAACUAUUGCAAAAUAAUCAGCAAUAUACACAUACAGCCAGCAACACUUCGUGUUAGCCUGUAAGGAUGUGUAUAUGCAAUAUUUCACCGCCUGCUCAGGUGCAGUGCAGGAAUAUCCUGCAUGAGAGAUGGAUGACCACAGAGAACCAGGCAUGACAUGCCCAAGGAUGUGGCUGAAGAGGCAUCAGGAAGGCCUGGCACCUCCCUGUGCUUUGUGUGUUAGAAAGAACCAUCCUUUGGGUUGAAAGGAAUGGCCAGCGACAGAAUCACCACGGCAGGACCAUAAGAAGGGUACCGAGACAUCCUGGAAACAGCAGGAUGGUGUCCAGCAUGCACAAGAUAGACUGUGAAUUAACAGUGUCAGAAUGGAGUUACGAGAUGGAAAUGUAAAUCUCCUGCUUGCAGGAUGGCCACCAUUGCAACCUCAAAUAAAAUCUGCUUUUAUCAUUAA